AUGCCAAAUUGCACCCACACCCUUCUCUACGCUAUAGAGCACGGGAAAUUGGGGAGAUACACAAGUUGUUGGUGCCGGUAUGCAAUGAACGAAGUUCCAGAAAUGUUGAUUAAUAAGGAACUCUAUACUGAGCGAUUGGUGCACGCUUACGCGUGGCAAAUCGUGUACAUCGUUGCUCCUCCAAAAGAUCUGGACAACAGUGCCUGA